AUGGGUUUGACAAUAUCAGGGAACAGUUUGACAUUGCAAUCCAGUCUGAUCAACUGUAAGCGGUCUAAAUUUCCUGUUGGAAACUGUGCUAAGUCUUACUACAGACAACUCAUUGCAGCAGUCGAGAAGUACGCCCAAAUAGGAGACCAUAUCCGAGACCUUAAAAACGAUGCUCGCGACAUUAGACAUGAUAUCAGUCUUCACAAUCAGAGCACCAAUACAAGUCAUACCAAUAUCGUCCAGCAUACUCGAGACGUCAAGGAUAGCAUGCAAGAUAUAAAAUGCACAAUCACUCAGCAAAUUCUGGAUUUCGAAUCUAGUGAAAAGACAAAAGACCGAAGAAAUUUCUCCAGUGGUUGUCGACCGCAGACCCGAAAACAGACCACGACUUGGCCCGAAGACGCUUUGAACCUAGCACCGGGUCAUGGUUUCUCCAAAGCAAUGAACACCGCAGUUAGAAGACGAGCGAUAAUUCUUUUCUUUGGAUUCAUGGUCUAUCAGGCUGCGAUAUACAGCUCAACUGUUGUUCAAGAUAUGACCGAUUAUUGUGUCAACAAUUCUGACUGUUUUAUCGCAUAUUACUACUUCUCUUUCAAUGAAACCGAUAAACAAAAUGCCAAUAACCUACUGCGCUCGAUCCUCAUGCAACUCCUCGUCAAAUAUGACACCGCGCUCGAUGAUGCUGUAGCCAUCUGUAAAGACACUCAAUCCACCGUUUCGCAACUAGCGACACUUAAAGCCAUGCUUAAAGCCGUAUUGGCUAUGCCUGGAACCUUUUGCCUAAUCCUAGACGCAGUGGACGAAUGUCCUAGAGGUUACGAACAAGUCAAUCGACAGGUUGUCUGUGAAUUGCCACGAGAGGUAUCCUCAUGGGCCUACAGAAGUUCACAUCUAGUUAUGACCAGUCGGAAGGAAGCGGACAUUACAGAAAUUAUAGACGAGAUACCCAAACUCUCAACGGUUCUUAUCAGAAAUGAAAAUGUCAACUUGGACACACGCCAACACGUCAAAACGCAGUUGGAAAACGACACAAAAUUAAGAAAGUGGUCAUCUGAGAUUAAGACUGAGAUAGCAAUGACAUUGGGAGACAGUGCUAAUGGAAUAAUCUUACUUUGUGAUAAGUUCCUGUGGGUGACCCGUCAGCUCGAUGCCCUGAAAAGGUGCCCCACUCCAGCUAUGUUACGACAGACUCUAAAGAGCCUGCCUCGAAAUCUACAUGCUACAUACGAAAGAAUGCUUUCCAAUAUCCAUGAAGAUUAUACAGACAUAGUCGUAGCUGCACUAAAAUGGCAGGUAAUUUAUCGCGAUAAAACUUACGCUGAAGCUGUAGCGGCAGGAAUCGACUCGAAAUUUACAUUCAAUAUUGAUAAUCGAUUUAGGAAUUCAGACGAAGUUCUUGAAAUUAUAGGGAGUCUGGUUACCCUUAAUGCCGAAUAUAUGUAUUAUUACUAUUGCGAACCCCCUAUCCCUGACAAACAAUAUGUACAAUUGUCUCACUUCUCAGUUCGCGAGUAUCUAACAUCAACUUAUUUGAAUGUUACAUAUAUGAAUGACUUUGCUGAACCCUCUCUACAUCUAUUUGCUCUUGAAUGCUGCCUGAAUUACAUCAAUUGGCUCGCUGCACAGAACAUCCAUGAAUUUAUUUGGAAGUACCCAUCCAACAACUGGCUACCUCAUGCGAGAAGUUGUUCAUAUCAAGCCAACAUGGAAACAGCGAGAUAUAUUGUCCAAUUUCUGGACUCGUACCAUUGGAGGGAGGCCUGGUUUGGCCAUCGAGGCUAUGGAGAUUAUCCUGGUCUCGAAGAUCCAGAUGUCAAAUGUCAGUAUGGGAACGAUCUUGGUACAACGAUCUAUUACGCAAGUUUCUUCGGGCUGGAACACGUGGAAAGAUUCCUCGUCGAUGAAUACAAUGUGGUUGUUGAUGUGCCUCUGGAACUUGGAGAAUGCCCUCCUUUUUCCGUUGCUAUUCAUUUUGAGGACGUGGCACAUGUACGCCACUGCUUCAAUAUCCCUAGAGGCACAUCGACAAAGUAUGACAGGUUUCAAACUGUCCUGAGGCUUGCGACGAGAAAAGGUGGUAUUUUUUUACGGAUAGUUCUCAUAGAAAUCAUAAGAGUGGUGGGAAAGUUCCCAGAUAACUGCGGUUCAAUACUCACAGACGAUGUUCGUUUACGGUGGAAGCCUUUCUCUUAUGCGCUAUUACAUCCUGUCCGGGAACCGUUGGCAUGGGUUGUCAGGAGUAAACUCGAAAUACCGUCGGAAUGGCCCAUGAAGCUCGGAAGCUUUCCCUCUGGAAUCGAAGGUAUUCUGUUUGCUGUUGCAAUAAGCAUGGACUCAACGACAAGAUUCCAACUUCUCUUGGAUUAUAUGCAAGGGUUUCAUUGCCCUGAUGAGUACCAUCUCCUUCUAGUCCUGGCGGCUUUUGCACAACGUGAUAAGGAAGCGAAACUUCGAUUCCUUGUAGAGCGAGCGGCAACGCUCAAUCUUGUUAUGAGAAGAGACGCGGUGUCUUUGAAACUACUCCUCGACUUUGGUCUUCUUCAAGAAGCAGUGUACAGAAGAUGGAGAGCUGCUAUAGCUUUAUUGAUAGAAUGGGCAGCAGAUGUAAAUUAUUGUGUUAUUGAUCCAUUCGAUAUCACAUCUCUCGCUUAUUAUACUCCUCUGAAAAUUGUAGUUGCGGGUUUGAAAGAUCCUGGUAUACCAUCUGAUUCCGGUGAGGAUAGUAACGAGAAUGAUCACUUGAUUGAAGAGCUUCUUGUAGCUGGGGGAGCUAGAAUAUAUGAAUACGACCGGAAAAUAUUUUCUAAUAGGUCUACCGACGGGGGUAUGUCUGAAGGUUCUGAUAUUGAGACGGAUGAGGAUGUAACAGAAGGUGCUCAAACUAUGAGUGAUAAUAACUGCGAUGAAGGAGGAACAGAUAAUUCGAAUCUGGAAACGAAUCAUGACAAAGCGAGCACUUGCUCACCUUUCACCUCAUGGAUCACAAUAUUAUGGAGAUAUGAGACAGAGGCCACCGUUCAAGCUGCCACAAAUAUUGACCAUGGUUUCUAA